UUGUAAAAGAAAAGGAAAACAAAGAACACAAAAAAAGAAAUAAAAUAAGCGGCAUUAUGUCCACGGAAGUAGAACCCUCGGCAGCAUCCGACAAAUCAGUGGCUAAUAUCGAAGAAUUGGAGAGCUAUUACCUACUGCUUGAGGCUGGCAACAUACCCGAACUGCAGUGGCAAUCCCCUGGCCGGCGACCACCUUCACCCGAUUUGAGUGCGGGCAAUAGUAAGGAGCAGGAAUUAGCCGCCGAUGCUGUUGAGCCAGAACCUCAAAAAGCAAACGACUUCGACUUCAGCGAUGAUGUGGCGCCCACACAAAUGCGAGUACGCAGCCAGACAUCGACCCCAAAGUCGGCCAAAAAGAAGACGGCCAACUUUGCAGGCGUUAUGGAGACCUUGCAGAAGAAAAAGAAUGCAGAGGGCUCCUAGCAUACGGCUAAACGAAAUGCCAACACAAUGCAUUCAUGGCAGCUCUUCUGAGAUUAGGAAAUACUCACAUCGGGAGGAAUGGAGACUCCCAAGUACAGUCUGAAAUGACGGGAUGCCUUUCAUGCCGCUAUUUUUUAUAAACAUGUACAUACAUAUAUAGACGCAGAUCUAAACUAUGUCGACAGUCUCAUUCUCGUCAUUGGAGGACGUAUCAUUGUUAGACUCGAAAACAACCUAACAUGAUUAACCCAAUCCAAACUAGCGCUGAAAAAUAUUAAUGUGAGCUGCACAUUAAUAUAAAAAGUCACUUAAACGUCUGUUUCUCCAUUUCCAAAAACAGAAAAUGAGUAUUUGCUGAAUUUCUGAUUAAUAUGAGUUAAACAAGGCAUUAGAAUAUGUCUUAAACAGCUCCUCAAGUGUAUAAAGUUCGUAGAAAA